ACGGGGCUCUCUGCACCUGGAAAGGGGAGAAGGUUGGGCGUUUGGCUUUCCCGAAAAGCCAGGCUUCUGCCAUCAUGUGUCUAAGGGCUAUUUUGCCUUCGCGAGAGGAAGGCACUCUGUACUUGUCCAGAGGCACUCUUCUCCUUCAAAAAGCACGCCUGACUACCGCAUGCUGAUUUUCCAAGCAGGCAGGGGAGCAAUUGGAUAAAAAAUGGAGGAGUGAGGUGGGAAUUAGGUUCGAGGAGAGGCAGCUGACAGUCUCCAGGUGGUCCUCCACUUACGACCACGAUGGAGCCCAGAAUUUGCGUGGCUAAGUGAGAAAUUGAUUGAGCUUGGUCCCAUUUUACGGCUUUUCUUGGUGGUUAAAUUAGGUUGUUAAGUGAAUCUGUCUUCCCCGUUGACUUUGCUGCCCGGAAGGUCGCAAAAGGUGACCCACAAGUGACUCCGUGUGGGGAUGCUGCAAGGGUCACAAGUAUGAAAAAUGGCCAUAAGUCGCUUUUUCCCAGUGCCAGUUUGUAACUUCGAACAAACUGGCGUAAGUCGAGGACUGCCUGUAUAGUGGUUGGGUGAAAAGACAUGGGUCAGGUCAGGCUACAGCUGCAUUGUUGAUCUUCGGUCACGGUGGCUUGGUUUGGCAUAAUGGCUCAAGAACAUUUGGAGCCGGGUGGGUUCUACUUACCUUUACUACAGGUUUGCAAUGGGGCCGCGUGCUCUUCUGCGCAUGCGCAGAAGUACUCUGAUGAUGUCAGGGUAGGUGGGCGGAGCCUCCCGCCAGUUUUACUACCGGUUCUAUAGAACCAGUCCGAAGCAGGGGCAACCCACCACUGAUCUGGAGACCCAAGGUUGAGAAAGAAAGGCUGGAGGAGUUGUGUUAAACCUAGGAGGGUUCCUUUGUGUAUUUUGUUUUAUGUAUUUGGGGAGGGGAGGUGGGUUGUGUGUGGAUGGCUAGAAAGUGUCUUUGGAAAUAAGGUGGGGAGAAUCUGCUUGGAUAAAGGAGAAGAUUUUGCUAUUGGGUGUACAAUCCAGUUCUCUUUGUAAGUGUAUGCAGAAAACUUUUUAAAAUUUCCCAAGAUGACACAAUGAAGGAUAUGAGGAAGAAUGUAUAAGAGUAAACCAACUGAGUAAGAGAGUGUUUCAGAUACUGUAUGUGUGAAGUAUAUAUAUGAGCUUUUAGAGAAUGACAAAGUAAUGGAAGAUUAUAAUUUCAAGAUGGGUCAUUAUGAAAAAGGAUGAUGAAUGCUAAGAGUGAUGACCUUUGAAUGAACAAUAAAAGGGAGGAGUAAAUUUUAAUGUAUUAGACACACACUGCUGACAGAAGUUUCAUGUUACUAGCCCAACCGAAUUGUUCCACUGUUAAUUGCUUCCUGCUUAUGGUUUCAGUGAAGUCUGUAAAACAUUUAUACUUACUUGAACUAGGAACUCAAUAGAAGGAAGUUACACAGAUGCUUAUUACGAUAUGCCUUGGCUGGCUGGUUGAGAAAGAUAUUGGCUAUUCCCAAAUGGAUGUUAGCUGGUGCACAUAAUAGGAUGUGUGCUGGAUCUUUUCAUGGAGACUAAAAGUACACUUGAAAAAAGAUAAACAGCUAAUGGCUUCUGAAUCAAUGGUCCCAGAGCAAGGAAAACAUACGGUGACCGGAAAAAGACAUCAAAAGCAGGAAAGGACACCUUUGAACUGUGAUGGGGAAGAAGACACGUUUGUAUUUGAAGCAAAUGAAGCUUGGAAGGAUUUUCACAGCUCUCUUCUCCAUUUCUAUGAAGCCGGGGAGCUUUGUGACGUGACGCUAAAGGUGGGCUCAAAAUUGAUUACCUGUCACAAGCUUGUCCUGGCUUGCGUUAUACCUUACUUCAGAGCCAUGUUUCUUUCGGAAAUGGCAGAAGCUAAACAAUCAUUGAUUGAAAUCAAAGAUUUUGACGGUGAUGCCAUUGAAGACUUGGUCAAGUUUGUGUAUUCCUCCCGACUAAUGCUGACAGUUGACAAUGUCCAGCCUCUCUUAUAUGCUGCCUGCAUUCUCCAAGUGGAGAUAGUGGCCAAAGCUUGCUGUGAGUACAUGAAGCUGCAUUUUCACCCUUCCAAUUGCCUGGCAGUGAGGGCCUUUGCAGAGAGUCACAACCGUAUUGACUUGAUGGACAUGGCUGACCACUAUGCCUGUGAACACUUUGUUGAAGUGGUGGAAUGUGAAGACUUUGUGAGUGUAUCACCUCAGCAUCUUCAUAAACUCUUGUCUUCAAGUGACCUGAGCAUUGAGAAUGAAAAGCAAGUUUAUUGUGCUGCUAUUAAAUGGCUUUUGGCCAAUCCCCAGCACCAUGCUUUAUGGUUAGAUGAAAUAGUUGCUCAGGUACGCCUGCCUCUGUUACCUGUUUGUUUCCUUAUGGGAGUUGUUGCAAAAGAACAAAUAGUCAAGCAGAACUUAAAAUGCCGAGAUUUGUUAGAUGAAGCAAGAAACUACCACCUUCAUUUAAGCAGUCAUACGGUACCAGAUUUUGAAUAUUCUGUUCGGACAACCCCAAGGAAACACACAGCAGGUGUCCUUUUCUGUGUUGGAGGACGUGGGGGAUCAGGCGACCCAUUUCGCAGUAUUGAAUGCUACUCAAUAAAUAAAAACAGCUGGUUUUUUGGCCCUGAAAUGAACAGUAGAAGGAGGCAUGUAGGAGUAAUCUCUGUGGGAGGGAAAGUUUAUGCUGUGGGUGGGCACGAUGGAAAUGAGCACCUAGGCAGCAUGGAAGUGUUUGAUCCUCUCACAAAUAAAUGGAUGAUGAAAGCAUCAAUGAAUACCAAAAGGAGAGGAAUUGCUCUCGCCUCUCUUGGAGGCCCCAUUUAUGCCAUCGGAGGCUUAGAUGAUAACACUUGCUUCAGUGAGGUGGAGAGAUACGACAUGGAAUCGGACCAGUGGAGCGGAGUUGCAUCUAUGAAUACCCCUCGCGGAGGAGUUGGUUCUGUAGCUCUUCUGAAUAAUGUAUAUGCCGUCGGUGGAAAUGAUGGUGUGGCUUCUCUGUCUAGUGUGGAGAAAUACGAUCCUUAUCUUGAUAAAUGGAUAGAAGUAAAAGAAAUGGGUCAGCGGAGAGCUGGCAAUGGGGUUAGUGAACUUCAUGGCUGCUUAUAUGUGGUAGGUGGUUUUGACGACAAUUCUCCACUCAGCUCGGUUGAGAGGUUUGACCCUCGCACUAAUAAGUGGGAAUAUGUAGCAGAACUAACAACUCCUAGGGGUGGAGUUGGCAUAGCAACAUUAAUGGGCAAAAUUUUUGCUGUUGGAGGACAUAAUGGGAAUGCUUACCUGAACACAGUGGAAACCUUUGAUCCAGUAGCAAACAGAUGGGAGCUUGUGGGCUCCGUGUCUCACUGCAGAGCUGGGGCAGGAGUUGCUGUGUGCUCUUGCCUAAGCAGUCAAAUUCGUGAUAUGGGUCAAGGAUCUAGCAACGUGGUGGACUGCAUGUGAAUUUGGAUUGAAGCCUGCGAUGAUUGUGAAAUGCUUUCAGCCUCCUUUACUAUUGUACAAAGACUUCUGAAUGUUUCAAGCAAUAUCUGUAAAUAUACUAGGAUAGUUUUUGUAUGAAAAUCUGAGUGCUGUGGAAGUUUUAAAAUAUUUACUUACAAUAAAAACUUGAAAAAAAAUUUAAAAAGUGUUCCACAAAAAUAGAAGAUGUCAUUCAACGGAGGCUUAAAAUACAUCUUUCUAUCUUCAUAGAAAAUUUGAUGAGUGAUUUCGUUUCAGUUAUUAGCUUACAAAGUAUUCCAGAAUGUAAGGACUAUCUGUCAAUCUUAUUUUGUAGUUUUCUCAGAUACACCUUCUGAAAUGCUUAUACAUUAGAAGAAUCCAUCAAGACCCCACAAAGACAUCUAUAAAGUAUACAUCUUUGACUAUUGUACUAUGCAAGACUUUUUGGGGGAAAACUUCAAUGGAAGAAUCAAUGGACAAAAGCAUCAGUGGCUAUUUGGGUUUUUAGAAAUUGUAUUUAUUUAUUUAUUAUUAGGUAUAUGGUUGCCUACAACCAGUGCCACAACCUUUCAAGAAAAACAAGAACUAGGGACUGUCACAUUAUAAAAGGGAAAAAUACUCUAUUGAUUAAAUCAGAACAUUUCUUA